GCCAUGUAUUAUAUCAAGCCUCAUGAUAGUGAUAUACAUAAAUAUCGUAAUCGUGUUUGCCCUGAAUUAAGUUUAUUCUGUGAGAUACAGAUAUUUUAGUCCUUAAAUAAUUACACUCAGGAUGUUCAAAAAACUUUGUGUAGGUGGUAAAUAUUCCGACCCACUUUUAAUAAAUUGUGUAUCCCACAAGUCUUAUUUCGAUACAUACAUUCGGGAAGUUCACUUUUGUAACAUCAAGAAUUACUGAUUUAAAAAAUAAUUAAUUAAAACGUUAAUGUCACGUUGAAAUAAUAUUUUAAUGUAACUGAAACAUAAUUCAGGAUGUAUCCGAUGUAAUAUUGCGUAAACGCAAGAUUGUAAUAUUACACGCACGCAUUUCUGGAAGUUGCUGAUGUAAGAUUUACACUGAAGUAACAAGUCGUUUUACCCAAUUAGAUAUUAGAUAAUAAGAUAUUCCCAUUUCAUAAAAUGUAUCCCAAUACACCUAGUUCAAUAAAUAUAUAUAUAUUACGUUACACUACAUCACAUUUACACGAAUAACACUGAGGUUACAAUAACAUUGUUGGACAAGUGUUACGUAACGAGUGCCCAAGUUUCUUUUACAUAACUGUAAUGUUAAAAUAACAUGUAGCAGUUAAGUUACUUGAAUAUCGUAAAUGAAAAAUUGCUUGCUACUUUCAUGUUAUAUUAUCACAAUGACACGUGUUUACUGAGAUACCUUAACUAAUAGUUCUCUACAAUCACUAAAGUAUACAAGAUAAUAGACGUCAUAUAAUAUUGAAUGAAUUUUUUUUUCUCUACAAAAAAUACUUAAUCGUAAUGGUCUCUGAUCAAUUUUCCCUCUAGUUGUUUAGACUUAUCUUGUUUCCCCUACUUAAUCGUCUGCGAUCACUCCCGCUCGUUCCACACAUUUCUCAAUUCGAAUUUAAUUUCAUCAUUUUCUAUCCACAGUACAUUUUUGUGAAUAUGCUUCGCUCAAAAGUUAUAUAAGUAGUGUCUCGUUUAUAAGACCAGUCUCUCUCUUAUUCUGCGAAUGAGGAUGGAGUUACUAAGUGCGGAUGGUAUCGGCAUCACUCUGGCUUUGGUGGCUACAGCAAUAUCGUUGUUUUACAUUUACGCCAAGUAUAAACUCUCUUAUUGGAAACGACGUGGUGUAGAGUCUCUGCCAACGAAUUUGAUAUUUGGCAAUUUUAAGGAUGCCGUACUAUUCCGUACAGCACCAGGGUGGCAUCUUGGAAAUCUUCAUAAAGCCGCUAAAAAAGACGUUCCGUACCUUGGAUUCUAUAUAUUUCACAAGCCCUGCUUCCUACUUCGCGAUCCUGAAGUCAUCAAGCAGAUCUUGAUAAGAGACUUCGAGAACUUUUCCGAUCGUCAUUUUGCUGGUUCCGAACAGAAAGACAGUAUUGGAAUGAAGAAUCUUUUCGGUAUUAAAAAUCCCAACUGGAAAUACCUGAGGGCCAAGAUCACUCCGACCCUUACACGUGGCAAAUUGAAGCAGAUGUUUCCCCUUAUGCUGGAGACUGGUGAACCCAUGAUGAAGUAUUUGGAGAAUCAACCUGAAAAUAAAAAUGGUGUAAAAGUGAUUGACGCUCAAGAACUUAGUUAUAAAUACACCACCGAUUUAAUCGCAUCAAUCGCACUCGGCACCAAAAUGGAUUCCUUCCAUUAUCCCAACGAAGAAUUUUCCAAAGCAGUGAUGGAAUUCUUCCAUGGAUUCAAACGUAUGGUCGCCCUUGUCACCGUGUUCUUCAUGCCUGAAUUGGUGGAGAUGAUUGGCACCCGCAUGUUAUUCAAUUCCAGUUUCGUAAAGAAGAUCUUCUGGGAGGCCAUGGAGUCCAGAGAACGCACUGGAAAUAAGAGAGGAGAUUUUAUUGACUCCCUUCUGCAACUUAAAAAUGGCGAACAGAACUCCGACUACAAAUUCGAGGGUGAGAAUCUUCUUUACCAAUCCGGCACCUUCUUCUCUGGCUUCGAGUCCAGCUCCACGACAAUGUCUUUCACUCUUAUGGAACUUGCCAAUCAUCCGGAGUACCAGGAACGUGUUCGUCAGGACAUCAACAAAGCUAUUGACGCUCAUGGCUUCACCUUUGAUGCCUUCAAUGAAAUGAAGUAUUUAGAUCAAGCAAUUGCCGAAGGGGUUAGGUUGCAUCCUCCUGUAUCUACCAUCGACAGAUACACACGUAAAGACUAUAAGAUUCCGGGCACCGACAUUAUUCUCGAGAAGGGUACACCCAUAUACAUUUCCCUUUAUGGUCUUCAGGAAGAUCCUCGUUUCUUCAAAGACCAUUCAACAUUUAACCCAGACAGAUUCACAGACGACAGUAAAGUCGCCGAUGCUUAUAUUCCUUUUGGCAGCGGACCAAGGAUGUGCGUUGGAAUGAAAGUUGGUCAGCUUCAUGCUAAGGUUGUCAUCGCGAUGCUUUUACGCGAAUACGAGAUUUGGCAGAAGCCUGAAGACAAGAGCAUUCUGGAUCCUCGUUCGACCUUCACUGCAGCAGCUAACGGCAUUGUAUUGCAAUUUAGAAAAUUGGUUAAAUACACUGUUCAAAUUGACCUCGUUAUUUCAUAUCUGAUGAACUCUAUAACGAGCUCCUGCUAUGUAGUGAUUCGUCAUGAAAUAUUAUUUAGUCCGAACGUUACAAUGGAGACGUCAACAUCGCACUUGCUGAUUUACGUAGUGACGUUUAUACUGUCGUUAGUCGGUCUCCUCUAUAUUUAUAUCAGAUAUAAGUUGUCAUAUUGGAGCAGACGAGGUGUCAAGACGCCUCCUGUCCACUUGCUAUUUGGUAACUUCAAAGAUACUAUUACAUUCAAGAAAGCACCUGGCAAUACGUUACGGGAUAUACACGAGAAUGCUGACGCAGACGAUCCCUAUAUCGGCUUCUAUAUAUUCCAAAAGAGAUACUUGAUGCUGAGAAAUCUUGACAUUAUUAAGCAGAUAUUCAUAAAGGAUUUUGAUUUGUUUCCAAAUCGUAAUUUUGGUGGAAAACGAGAAAUAGACUCCGUAGGCCUUAUUAAUCUCUUGGGAAUAAGACAACCGGGAUGGAAAUACCUGAGACAAAAGAUAACCCCAUUUAUCACUGGACAAAAACUAAGAAGAAUGAUACCUCUUAUGGUGGAUUCCGGAUAUCCGAUGACGAAUUUUAUCGAUGAUAAAUCCACUGACAGCGAAGGAUGGAAGGAAGUUGAAUUGAAGGAUAUCUCGUCUAGAUAUAGUACCGAUGUUAUAUCUUCUUUGGCUUUUGGCGUUACCACCAAUUCUUUUAACAAGAAUGAUACUGCCUUUUGGAAAGCAGGACUGAAGAUACUCUCUGGUACUAAGAGAAAUAUUAUACUUAUGAUUGUAUUCCUCUUACCUGAGCUUAUUGAUAUUAUUUAUCCAAUAAUGACUGGUCCUGCACAAUUUUUUAGAGAAGUUUUUUGGGACUCGAUGAACACUCGCGAGAAAGCCGGUUAUAAGCGUGGCGACUUGAUUGACUCUCUUCUGCAAUUAAAAAAUGCCCAACAGAAUCCGAUAUUCAAAUUUGAAGGCGAUAAUUUGUUGGGUCAAGCUGUCGCUUUUUAUGUUGCUGGAUACGAAGCAUCUUCCACUGCAAUCGCUUUUACACUGUACGAAUUGGCACGACACCCGGAAUAUCAAGAACGCGUCUUUCAGGAAAUUCAAACGGAAAUAUCGAAAAAUGGUAUCGAUUAUAAUUCCAUAAACGAGAUGAGUUUCUUGGAUAAAGUAGUUAUUGAGACGUUGAGGAUGCAUCCGCCUUUACCUUUGGUUGAUAGAUUUGCUAUUGAAGAUUAUAAGAUUCCAGGGACUGAUUUGAUAAUAGAAAAAGGUACACCUGUUAUUGUGUCGACGAACGGUAUAAAUCGUGAUCCCAAAUAUUAUUCAAAUCCGGAUGAAUUUGAUCCUGAAAGAACACAGGAAGGUAAAGAAGAAUUGAUUGGGGCUUCGUUGACUUUUGGAAUUGGACCUCGGUCGUGCGUAGGACAAAGGAUAGGGACUCUUAUGACAAAAGUCGGUGUUAUAACGAUACUAUCAAAUUAUGAGCUAUCUUACAAGUGUAAGGAAAACGAAGAUUUUAAUGCUAUAACAAUAUUCACAGCUGCUGCAGAUGGUGUUGUUGUUCAUUUAAAAAAGCGGGAGAAACCUAUCAAAAUCAGUGUCAAUGAAUGGGCGACUGAUUGAGUGUAUGUUGUACGUUUUCUCGCCAAAUAUAUAUAAUUAUACGAAUAAAA